AGCUGGGGCCGCCUAUUGCCAAGCAGCCUCCAAUCUCACGCCAGAAAGAUCCCUUCGCCUCAAAUUGAAAAAUUAACAGACAAGCGUCAAUCAACAACUGAGCCACAGCCCACCCUUUUGAUUACGUCUCUCUCUCUCCUUGUUGUUCGUUGAAAGGAAAAUAAACCCAAGUCCGAAGCAACACGUAAUCGUUAAUACAGUGGUAGAGAUCGAUCUCAGUGGUUGAGGAAAAUGGCGACUCUUCAAACAUGGAGAAAAGCUUAUGGCGCUCUUAAAGAUUCCACCAAAGUGGGUCUCGCUCAUGUUAACAGCGAUUACGCGGAUUUGGAUGUGGCCGUUGUCAAAGCUACUAACCAUGUCGAGUGUCCUCCAAAAGAAAGGCAUCUCAGAAAAAUCUUCGUUGCUACGUCAGCGGUUCGGCCUCGAGGAGAUGUUGCUUAUUGUAUUCAUGUGCUUGGCCGCAGAUUGGCCAAGACUCAUAACUGGACGGUUGCAUUGAAAACACUCGUAGUUAUCCAUAGAGCAUUGAGGGAGGGCAAUCCUACUUUCAGAGAAGAACUUUUAAACUUCUCACAGAGAGCACGUAUUCUCCAACUUUCUAAUUUCAAGGAUGAUUCUAGUCCUCUUGCAUGGGAUUGCUCUGCCUGGGUACGCACAUAUGCAUUGUAUUUGGAAGAAAGGCUUGAAUGCUUUAGGAUUCUGAAGUAUGACAUUGAAGCUGAGCGUCUUCCGAGACCUGCUGAGGGGCAGGAUAAGGGUUACAGCAGAACCAGGGAGUUGGACAACGAAGAAUUGUUGACACAAUUGCCUGUUCUGCAACAAUUGCUUUACCGUCUUUUUGGUUGCCGGCCGGAAGGUGCUGCUAUAGGCAACUAUGUUAUACAAUAUGCAUUGGCUUUGGUACUGAAGGAGAGUUUCAAAAUUUAUUGUGCUAUUAAUGAUGGAAUUAUUAAUCUUGUGGACAAGUUCUUUGAGAUGCCAAGACAUGAGGCUGUCAAAGCUCUUGAUGUGUACAAGCGAGCUGGUCAGCAGGCUAAUAGCCUUUCUGAUUUCUAUGAAGUUUGCAAAAGUUUGGAACUUGCUAGAAACUUCCAGUUUCCUGUUCUCAGGGAGCCACCACAAUCUUUUCUCACUACCAUGGAAGAGUAUAUUGGAGAGGCACCACGUGUGGUUUCUGUUCCCACAGAACCGUUGCUAUUAACCUACAGACCUGAGGAAGCCCCUUCUGAAGAUACUAAAUUAUCAAAUGAUGAACCUGAGCCAUUUGCUCCUGCUGCUGCUGAUGCAGUUCCCAGUGUUGAGAUUGCUGCUGCUGAUCCUCCCCCAACUCAGACCAACAUGGACACUGGAGAUUUAUUGGGGUUAAAUUAUUCAGCGCCCGAUGCCUCAGCAAUUGAGGAAAGUAAUGCUUUAGCUCUAGCCAUAGUACCAAAUGAAUCUGGUACUGCUUCGACAGUUACGUUUAAUGCUGGCCAGCCAGUAGAAUUUGAUCCAACUGGAUGGGAACUUGCUCUUGUCAGCACACCAAGUACCGAUAUUUCUGCACCUACUGAUAGGCAGUUGGGUGGCGGAUUAGACUCACUCAUCCUCAACAGUUUAUAUGAUGCUGCAGCAUAUAGAGCUCAGCAGCCUGCAUAUGGACCUCAUGCUCCAAAUCCAUUUGAUGUACAAGACCCGUUUGCCAUGUCAAAUAACAUUGCUCCCCCUCCAGGAGUGCAAAUGGCAGCAAUGGCUCAACAACAGAACAAUCCUUUCGGUGCUUACCAGCCUACUUAUCAGCAGCUGCAACCUCCGUCGAAUCCAUUUGGUGAUACGGGGUUCGGGGUGUUCCCGGUGAACCAAAUGGCUGAUGUUGGUCGGCCACAUGCCAAUAAUCCAUUUGGAAGCACUGGCCUAUUGUAAUGUUGAAUCUGGAGUAGCUCAGUUUGCAUAUUUUGGUUGGAACGAUCUUUUCGUGACGAUGAAAAGAGCGUAGGUUGUGUUUUACCCACGGGAUGAAUGGCUUUCAGCAGCUAUCUUAUUACUUUGAUAAUUCCACAAUUGGUUUUGAACA